CUGUAUCCCAUAGAAGCCAUAGGAGAAAGUAAACGCUGCAGUUUUGUUAUACAUCAGUAGCUAAUACUUCCAUUUCAAACCCAAGGCAUACAGAAUGGAUCUCGCACGAAAUACAUUUCAGUGAACUGGACCGAAGUUUUAUCAUCGACAUACAGUGCUAAUUGCACAUCAUACCUGCAUCCUUCUACACAUGUGUAACGAUAUAUAGCGCGUGAGAGCCGCUACAACAGCGCGCUCAUCCGCGCAUUUUACGCACAAUGGAGAGCCUGCUGAAAGACGUGGUUCUCUGGCAGUUCAACGACUCCUGUGCGAAUUCAAGCAGGGGAAACGACAGCAGGGGAUUGAACCAAACAGUAAACCCUCUCAAGCGCAAUGAAGAAGUGGCUAAAGUCGAAGUAACCGUCCUUGUGUGUAUUCUGCUGCUGGCGCUCGCCGGCAACGUGUGCGUCCUUGUGGCUAUCCAGACAAGUAAACACGGUCAAUCGCGGAUGUACUAUUUUAUGAAACACCUGAGUAUUGCUGACCUGGUGGUGGCGGUUUUUCAAGUUCUCCCCCAACUUAUUUGGGACAUCACCUUUCGCUUUUAUGGACCAGACUUUCUGUGCCGCCUGGUGAAGUACCUACAGGUGGUUGGCAUGUUUGCGUCCACUUACAUGCUCGUGCUGAUGUCUAUAGACAGAUGUUUGGCUAUAUGUCAGCCUCUGCGAUCCUUGCGCCGUCGAAAGGACCGUUUUUACGUUUUGGCCUCGUGGAUUAUAAGCCUGCUCUUCAGUUUACCACAGGUUUACAUCUUCUCUCUCAGAGAAGUGGGUGAUGGGGUUUUCGACUGCUGGGGGGAUUUUGUUCAGCCCUGGGGCGCAAAGGCUUACGUCACAUGGAUUAGUCUCACCAUCUAUAUCAUUCCUGUAGCUAUUUUAAGCGUUUGUUAUGGACUUAUAAGUUAUAAAAUAUGGCAAAACUUUAAGCUGAAGACCCGACGCGAUCAGUGCCUGUCGCUGACCCCGCGACCAGCCAAGGGCAUCGUGCUCUCCCGCGUCAGCAGCGUCAAGCUGAUCUCCAAAGCUAAGAUCAGGACGGUGAAAAUGACGUUUGUGAUCGUCCUGGCUUAUAUUAUCUGCUGGACGCCGUUUUUCUUCGUUCAGAUGUGGUCAGCCUGGGAUCCAAUGGCUCCAAGAGAAGCUAUGGCAUUCAUCAUUGCAAUGCUUCUGGCCAGUCUGAACAGCUGCUGUAACCCCUGGAUCUACAUGUUUUUCGCUGGUCAUCUUUUCCGGGAUCUCAUGCAGCGCUGUCUUAUGGCAUCACACUGUGGCUGUAAGAGGCAAUGGAGAUCUAAGAGCCAAUCAAGCACGGGUGCAAUGAGGAACACCAGCAGCCAGAAGAGUGUGACACAGACCUCUACUACAUGAGAGAAAUCUGGAAUACCUGCAGUUCAUAUAACCAUCAUGGACUGAACACUACGAUAACAUAAGCUAAGGACUCAUUAAUAUGGUUUUUACAGGUGUGGUGCAGACCUCAGCUACAUUAGCCAUGCAAUCCUCUUCAGCCUAAAAUGUAUCUUUACAAAAGUAAUGCUUGACCUGUAGCAGUCAGGAGCCAUUUACAUCUAUAUAUCCAUGCAAUCUCCAAACCGCUCAAGGCCUGUUCACACCAAGAAUGAUAACUAUAAAGAUAACGAUAACUACAUUAGUGUCCACGCCAGUGGAUGAUAUCGUUCAGUUUUGUCGUCUUCCACUUUAAUAGCUCAAGCUCUUUGAAGCAGGAUGGAUUCUGAUUGGCUGUCAUUGUUUUUGUGGUUUAUCAUGUGGAAAAAAAUUGUUCUGAAUGUGAUUCCAAUUAUAUUGCUUCUCUGUGCCGUUAUUGUUAUAGUUGUAGUGUGGACUAUUCUUUUAUAUUUAGAACGAUUUUUAGAACUAUAUCUUCAUCGUUAUCAUUAUAGUUAUCAUCCUUGGUGUGUUCGGGCCUUUAUCCUCUGUUGGGUCACCAGAGCAGUUUACCUUUGUAUGCUUAAAGAAACAGUUCACCAAAAAAUUAAAAUAAUUCUGUCACUAUUUACUCACCCUCAUGUCCUUCUAAAAACGUAUGCUGUACUUUUUCUGUGGAACACAAUGACAGAAUUUUGCUUUUGGAUGAAAUGAAUUCUAUUUAAAAGGGUUCAAGUAUAUAUAAAUAAAAGUGGAGGUAAUGAAGGGAUGCUGGAUGGACAAUUCUCGCAACAAUUAGGUAAGCGGCUGCUUGUAUCUUGCAUGUAUGAGUUAUAAAGCUCCUUUUAAACUUAACAACUCAUUAAACUGUCUGAGACCUGGUACAAAAAAGUCUUUGAUUUCAGAUUUUAUAUUUUCAGAUCAAGCAUUCUGGACAAAUGUAGUGACUAUCUGAAUAAAAAACUCUUAAAGAGACAAAAGCCACUGGUUAUUUCAGAGUUAACAGGGAGAAAAGGACAUUUAAAGUGUAACUUUGCUUUUUAUUGUUACAUUGUCUGUAGUAUAUGUAAAUGAACAGUGUUUACUCAUUCUCUGUGUUACCUGGACAGAGAAAUUCAUGUUUGUCAGCAAGUCUUUUGAAAGCUCCAGGUCAGUUGCAUAAACAUAGCUGCUAAGUUAAGACUGUUGCUUAAAGGGUUAGUUCCCC